AAAAGAAUGAAUAUGCAAAUAAUCAAACAGUGGGAUGAGGUCAACCCUGCUUCCGAGCAGUUCCUAGAUCCGUUUUUUACUUUGUUCAUUUGUUUGUCCAUGACCCCAAAUGAGGCCUCACAAGCCCUACUCCGCCGGCGCCACCCACGCCCUUAAGGCCCUCAAGUUCAUCGCCACCAAGACCGGCUCCGGUUGGGCUCCUGUUGAGAAGCGUUUCGAUGAACUCACCGCCGCCUCCUACGGCCUUCUCCCCUCCUCCUUGUUCGGAGACUGCAUAGGAAUGAACAAAAAAUCCAAAAAGGUCGCCGGAGAAUUAUUCCGAGCACUGGCCCGGAAGCGCAACAUUACCGGCGAUUCCAUUAACAAAGCACAGCUCAAAGACUUCUGGGAACAGAUCUCCGACGACAGCUUCGAUUCCAAGCUUCAGACUUUCUUUGACAUGGUGGAUACAGAUGCAGAUGUAAGAGUCACGGAAGAAGAAGUCAAAGAGAUUAUCAGUGCCUCUGCGAAAAAGAUUUCCGCAAUUCAGAAACGAGCAAGAGAGUAUGCAGCGUUGAUCAUGGAAGAAUUGGACCCUAGAAAUGCUGGCUACAUCAUGAUUAACAACCUGGAGACUCUGUUAUUGGAAGCCCCGAACCAAUCGGUGAGAGUAGAUAGCCAAGUUUUAAGCCAAUUGUUGACCCAGAAGCUGAAGCCCACUAACACGAGCAACCCCAUCGUAAGGCCAUACGACAAGUUCAAAUACUUCGUGGAGGACAAUUGGCAGAGGAUAUGGGUGAUGAUGCUCUGGCUUGGCAUCAUGGGUGGACUAUUCGCUUACAAAUUCAUCCAGUACCGCCACAGGGCCGUGUUCAACGUCACGGGUUAUUGCAUUUCUAUUGCCAAGGGAGGAGCCGAGACUCUCAAGUUCAACAUGGCUCUGAUUCUGCUGCCGGUUUGUCGCAACACCAUCACCUGGCUCCAGAACAAGAUCAAAUUAGGCGUCGUCGUACCCUUCGACGACAAUCUCAACUUCCACAAGGUCAUAGCGGUGGGAAUCACAGUGGGCGUGGGGCUGCACGCGCUGGCGCAUUUGACGUGCAAUUUCCCACGGUUGCUCCACGCGACGGAGGAAGAAUACGAGCCCAUGAAGCCAUUCUUUGGAGAGGAGCAGCCGGGGAACUAUUGGUGGUUCGUGAAGGGCGUGGAGGGAUUGACGGGUAUCAUAAUGGUUGUACUGAUGGCCAUAACCUUCACAUUGGCCACUCCAUGGUUCAGGAGAAACAAGCUGAAUGUACCAAAACCCCUCAAGAGGCUCACCGGUUUCAAUACCUUUUGGUACUCCCACCACCUCUUCAUCAUCGUCUACAUCCUCCUCGUUGUCCAUGGCAUCUACCUUUACCUCACCAAGGAAUGGUAUAAAAAAACGACAUGGAUGUAUUUGGUGGUGCCGGUUUGUCUAUACGUGUGCGAGAGACUAAUAAGAACUUUUAAAUCCAGUAUCAAGCUGGAUAAGAUUCUCAAGGUGUCUGUAUAUCCUGGAAACGUUCUGGAGCUGUACAUGUCGAAGCCACAUGGGUUCAAGUACAAGAGCGGGCAGUACGUUUUGGUUAACUGUGGAUACAUAUCCCCCUUCGAGUGGCAUCCAUUUUCAAUUACUUCAGCUCCAAAAGAUGAGUAUCUUAGCAUCCAUAUCCGGACACUUGGUGACUGGACAAGGCAGCUAAAGACUGUAUUCUACGAGGCUUGUCAUCCUCCCCUAGCUCCAAACCCCAAGUUCCCAAAAAUAUUGAUCAACGGUCCAUACGAAGCACCAGCACAAAACUUCAAGAAAUAUGACGCGGUGCUGCUAGUGGGGCUGGGGAUCGGAGCGAUGCCGAUGGUGAGUAUAGUGAAGGACAUAAUCUACAACAUGGAGGAGGCGGAAACGGAAGCAAACGCAAUGGAGAAGGGACAAGGGCAAGGGCAGAGGAGCCAACAAGGAAAAAGGUUCAAGACCAGGAAGGCGUACUUCUACUGGGUGACCCGUGAGCAGGGUUUGUUCCAGUGGUUCAUAGAGAUAAUGAACAAGGUGGUGGAGAUGGACGAGAAGGGCGUGAUCGAGCUCCACAAUUACUGCACCAGCGUGUACGAGGASGGCGACGCCCGRUCCGCCCUYAUAGCCAUGCUYCAGUCSCUGCACYACGCCAARAGCGRCSUCGACGUCGUCUCYGAGACACAUUUCAAGUCCCACUUUGCCAAGCCCAACUGGCGCCAAGUUUAUAAGAUUAUCGCUCUCAACCACCAGCACACUCACGUUGGGGUGUUUUAUUGUGGGGCACCGACACUAAUGAAGGAGCUGAAGGAGUUGGCUUCCGAUUUCUCCCGCAAGACAUACACCAAGUUCGAGUUUCAUGAAGAGAACUUCUACUUUUGAAUAUGACCAAAUGAAAAAUAGAGCAUGGACAAGUUGAGGUAUUCUCUUGUGUGCACUAUUCUAGAGCUACGGAAAACCAGAAUUGCGGUUCAUGACGAGCCAAAGCCACUAGAGAGAAACGAAGCCAAUAAGACAGUGAAAAACUUCUCCUCUUCAAACUCUUCCCGCCUCCUCUCUUUGCCCAGUGAAGACGAACCCGGAAUCGACUUCUCCUCCUCCGAUUAGGAAGAAAGCAUCGCUUCCUCUCCAAUUCCGCCUGAAAUCACCGACUGGCUCCCGGACAAGUUGAGUCCUAAAUGACGGAUAGCGAUGGAGAGGUAGGUAAAUCAAUGGAGCGAUGUUGGAUUGGGGGGUGGAAGAUGAGGAGAGGAUUAAGAAGAUGACAGAUUGAGCCUGCUGAAAUCACCAAGAUCACUCACAAAUCGCCUACCGGAAGAGUACUAGAGAAGAAGGAGCAUGUACAAAGUGGGGAGGAAAUUUCGCGGAAUGAAUUUAAUUUGAGGCGAUAGGAGCAUGUACAAGAACACAAAGUUGGAAAUUGUUACUAUGACAUUUUGCCA